AUGGGUAGCGACUUCGAUGAGGUAGAUUGGCUAGAGCACCAACAUCUAUACCAAAACCUGUCGUCCAUGGAUGCCCAGAGCGCUGAAGGUACAGGUGUAUACCAUCCAAAUCAGUGCUGGGCACCGUACUCUGAACAUCAGCGUGAGCGUACUCCGGUAGAACAUUGGGGACAAAACAGUCAUCCAACAAGUACUCAUCCUCAGCACCACGUAGGAUUCGAAGGAUACUCGGCUGAGCAACCGCCAAGCAGAGCAACGAACCAGGACCCGGGAUCUAUCCAAGUGAAUGCUGUACACUCUGUUAACAGACCCAACGGCGUCUAUGAAACGAUGGAAAAUAGACAUGCACCACCGGUGCCGGCGUACAACCCCACUUACUAUCAGGAUGAGAGUGCGCCAAUUGCUUACUCUGAUACACGCAUCCAGACGGAGUUCUCGCAGCAAGCCCAAACCAACUUUUCAAACUCUUUGCAUGGCACAGCAAACUACUCGUGUGCUACGAAUAUUGACGCUUUGUCACACCUCGUGGCCCAUGUCAAUUUUGGAGAUGCCUAUGGAACGCCGAAUAGUCCAGGCGGUGAUCCUCAAUCCCAGCAGUACUAUGGCCAGGAAUCAGAGAUAGCAAUAGACCCAGCACUGUACCGAGACGAUGGCCACGGUUACAUGGCCGAAUCUAUCCCAGGUUCCUCGUCAGAGGCCCAUGAUGGAAUAGUCAUAAGAUUGGACGCCCCAAACUCGGAGCCUUGGACUGCAAUCGGCCUAAUGGAUGGCGGCCAGACCACCCGUUCCACAAGGCAAAUACCGACGGGAAUGAGUCGGAUGACUUUGGAUGCCACCCAUUCGAUGUCCGCUUACGGUGAUCCGAGCUCAGUCUCUUCUACGGGUAGUGGUUUCGAAACCCUUUGGUCGUCAGCGAUACAGCCACUGAAUCAGACGGACGAUGUAUCAUCAGAAUUCCUUUACUUCCCUCCAUCUUCAGGGCCAGGAAGCCAAAUUGGUGCUUCUGAUUCUUACAAGUCUCCCUUGGGCGUCGCCUAUACUCCUGAAUCAAGAACCCACUCUCAAAAUCAACCCUGGCUCAUAGCGGAGAGAGCUGCAACAACCGCAAGGGCGCGAGGACAUCUUGGCAGAUACCCUCGCUCAGAUCCUGGCAACUGCUUACGGCUUCCCGGCAAGAGACGGGCGUCUUCAGCAUCAUCCCAUAUCACUGAGGCUUUCUCGUCUAGUGCUGUAUCCAGACCUGGUCAAGGCGUCCUGGAAUGUGGUAUGAACGGGUGUGAAGCCACGUUUACCGGUAGACACGGGAAAGGCAACAGAGCGAGACACAGAAGAGACUACCAUGGAGGAAAGGAGCCCAUCAUUUGCGAAGACAGCAAAUGCGACAAGGUCUUCAAGCGAUCAGAUGCUCGGCUGAAGCAUUAUAGGAGCCAUCAUCCUCAUCUCGUGUGCAGAAACACACAGGUAUCGCGUCGUGGAAGACAGAACUCGGCACCAGGAAACCUGGAUGUUGAUGCGUAA